AUGCCAUUCCGUUACUACCAUCCUCCGCGCAGCGCGAUCCCACGCCAUAUCGCCAACCCUCCUCACCAUGUUCUUGUCAACAACCCCCAACCAUGCCGACCCUUUCACUCCUCCCGCCAUGAUCGCGCCCCUGCCGGCAGCAGCAACCCAGACGACUCAACCCAUGACCAUUACGAGACCCUAAACGUCCACCCCUCCGCCUCCCCAGCCGAGAUCAAAAAAAGCUACUUCCACCUCUCCAAACUCCACCACCCCGACCACAACCCCUCCGACCCCUCCUCCUCCCACCGCUUCAUGCGCAUCUCGGAAGCCUACACCAUCCUCUCCCACCCGGCAAACCGCGCCAGAUACGACCGCUCCCGCGCCACAAACCCCCGCUACGCCCACCAGCACCACCCCCACGCCCCAAAGUCGGGAUCCUACCACUCCAGCAACCCAGCUGGCGGCCGCCCCCCCUCAGGUCUAUCCUCCCGUCGGAAAACCGCCUUCCAAGGCCCCCCCCCUUCAUUCUACAAGUCAGGGGGGUGGGGCGCUCACGCCUCAAAACGACGCGCUGCCCACGAGAGCUCAACAGCCCAGCAGGGCUCGCCAGAGGGGAAAACACAUGCCAGACAAGACACCAGUGCAAAAGACCACCAAGGAUGGGAGAACACCACCGGCCCUGAAUCCAACCCCGGGAUGGGCUUCGGUCAGGAUCCCUAUUAUAAAUACGGCUUUGGGGGGUUCGGGUACGGGACCAACACCGGAUCGAACCCGUUUUUUGACCCGCAUUCUCAUCAGCGGACGCACAGGCGGCAUGAGGAACGGCGGGCAAAGAGGGCCAUGAAGCGGAGGGGGUUGAGCUUGGACGCGGAUGACAGCAUGAUUGGGACUUUUUUUGUCUUGAGCGGGUGCGUGGCUGCUAGUGUUGUGGGCGCGAUGCUGAUAGGGGGGUUUGGAGGUGGGCUUGGAAGGUAG